AUGGAGGCAAUUAAGAAGGAAGUGAGGAAUAAUAGCUGGAAGGGGGUAGUAGGGAGCAAAGAAGGCUUUGAAGAGGAUAAUAACCGCAUCCAUACCUCUAAAUACAAUGUUCUCACCUUCUUGCCUAUUAAUUUAUUUGAACAAUUCCAACGGGUGGCCAACGCCUAUUUCCUUUUCCUACUGAUUUUGCAGCUAAUUCCGGAAAUAUCUUCCUUGUCAUGGUUUACAACCAUUGUGCCUUUAGUCCUGGUGUUAACUAUUACUGCUGUCAAAGAUGCCACUGAUGACUAUUUUCGCCAUAAGAGUGAUAACCAGGUGAAUAACCGACUUUCUGAAGUACUCAUCAAUGGCAGAUUGCAGAGUGAAAAAUGGAUGAAUGUGAUGGCAGGAGACAUCAUUAAACUAGAAAAUAACCAAUUUGUUGCUGCUGAUUUGCUCCUUUUGUCAAGCAGUGAACCACAUGGUCUCUGUUAUAUUGAAACUGCUGAACUUGAUGGGGAGACCAACCUAAAAGUCCGCCAUGCAUUACCAGUUACUUCAGAACUUGGAACAGAUAUUAGCAGGCUUGCAAAAUUCGAUGGGGUUGUUGCCUGUGAGCCUCCUAACAACAAAUUGGAUAAAUUCACAGGAGAUCUCUCUUGGAAAGAUAACAAGUACCCACUCAACAAUGAGAAGAUAAUUCUGAGAGGCUGCGUAUUGAGAAACACCAGCUGGUGCUUUGGAAUGGUUAUUUUUGCAGGUCCUGACACUAAACUAAUGCAGAAUAGUGGUAAGACUAAAUUUAAAAGGACAAGUAUUGAUCGACUGAUGAAUACUCUAGUAUUGUGGAUCUUUGGGUUUCUGGUAUGUAUGGGAAUUAUUCUUGCAAUAGGAAAUUCAAUCUGGGAACAUCAAGUUGGGGACUAUUUCCAAGCAUUCCUUUUUCGAGAUGAAGUAGUGAAGAAUCCCGUUUUCUCAGGAUUUCUAACAUUUUGGUCAUACAUUAUUAUUCUGAAUACUGUCGUGCCUAUUUCCUUAUAUGUGAGUGUGGAAGUUAUCCGGCUGGGUCAUAGCUAUUUUAUAAACUGGGAUCGGAAGAUGUAUUAUUCCAAAAAAGAGACACUUGCUGAGGCUCGAACAACAACACUCAAUGAAGAACUGGGGCAGAUUGAAUAUGUUUUCUCAGACAAAACAGGCACCCUCACUCAGAAUAUAAUGACUUUUAAUAAAUGCUCCAUUAAUGGAAAGACCUAUGGUGAAGUGUAUGAUGACCUGGGUCGGAAGACAGAAAUAAAUGAGAAAACAAAGCCUGUUGAUUUUUCUUUCAACCCUCAAGCAGAUAGCAAAUUUCAGUUCUAUGAUCAUAGCCUAAUUGAAUCCAUUAAACUUGGAGACCCCAAAGUACAUGAAUUCUUUAGGCUACUUGCACUCUGUCACACAGUGAUGCCUGAAGAGAAGAAUGAAGAAACUGCCAUGAACAUUGGUUAUUCUUGUAACAUGUUGACAGAUGACAUGAACGAGGUGUUCAUCAUAUCGGGACACACGGCAGCAGAAGUCUGGGAAGAACUCAAGAAAGCAAAAGAAAUAUUGUUUGGAAGAAGCACAGGCUUUACCAAUGGCUAUGCAUUUUGCGAAAAACUACAGGAGUUAAAGCGGGGUUCAACUGUAGAGGAAUCAGUAACUGGGGAUUAUGCCUUAAUCAUAAAUGGGCAUAGUUUGGGCCAUGCACUUGAAGCCAAUCUACAGAAUGAAUUCCUAGAAAUUGCCUGCAUAUGUAAGACUGUGAUUUGCUGCAGAGUUACUCCUCUUCAGAAAGCCCAAGUGGUGGAAUUGGUUAAGGAGUACAGGAAGGCAGUCACUUUGGCCAUAGGAGAUGGGGCCAAUGAUAUCAGCAUGAUAAAAAGUGCACAUAUAGGAGUUGGCAUCAGUGGUCAGGAAGGAAUGCAAGCAGUUUUAGCCAGUGACUACUCCUUUGCACAAUUUCGAUAUCUCCAGCGACUCCUCCUGGUUCAUGGAAGGUGGUCCUAUUUCCGCAUGUGUAAAUUUCUGUGCUAUUUCUUCUACAAGAAUUUUGCUUUCACCCUUGUGCACUUCUGGUUUGGAUUCUUUUGUGGUUUCUCAGCACAGACUGUGUAUGAUCAGUGGUUCAUCACCCUUUUCAAUAUUGUCUAUACAUCACUGCCUAUAUUAGCCAUGGGGAUUUUUGACCAGGACGUGAGCGAACAGAACAGCAUGGAAUACCCCAACCUCUAUAUACCUGGGCAACUGAAUCUACUUUUCAACAAGAGUAAAUUUUUCAUCUGCAUUGCACAUGGGGUGUACACCUCCUUUGCUCUUUUCUUCAUCCCGUAUGGAGUAUUUUAUAAUCUAGCUGGUGAAGAUGGAAAGCAUAUUGCUGACUACCAGUCUUUUGCUGUUACCAUUGCUACAUCUUUAGUCAUUGUUGUUAGCGUACAGAUAGCCUUGGAUACAAGUUAUUGGACAGUCAUUAACCAUGUUUUCAUCUGGGGCAGCGUUGCCACAUACUUCUCCAUUCUCUUUACAAUGCACAGUGAUGGCAUCUUUGAUAUCUUUCCAAAUCAGUUUCCAUUUGUAGGAAAUGCACGCCAUUCCUUAACCCAGAAAAACAUUUGGUUGGUCAUUCUUUUGACAACUGUGGUUUCAGUCAUGCCUGUAAUUGCAUUCAGAUUUAUAAAGGUGGAUUUAUAUCCAACGCUGAGUGAUCAGAUACGCCAGUUGCAGAGGGCCCAGGACAAGGCAAGACCCCUAAAGAGUCACAGACGUCAACCCCGGAGAACCAGCUCACGAAGGUCUGGAUACGCAUUUGCUCAUCAAGAGGGCUAUGGAGAACUUAUCACAUCUGGAAAAAAUAUGCGAGUGAAAAAUCUACACCCGACAUCAGGGUUGGGAAAGACGAUGUAUAAUAGCACUAGCUGGAUUGAAAAUUUAUGUAAGAAAACCACAGACACAGUGAACAGCUUUAGCCUGGAUAGAACAGUGAAACUCUGA